AUGGUAGCUCCUGAUGGCGUAGAGAGCCGAUCGCGACAACUGGGAGCUGACACAGGUGCCGGAGCCCAGAACAGCCCGGAAGAGGAUGCUGCAUCUCAACCGAUUCAGAGAAGCAUCGGCCAUGCCAGGACGCCCAUGGCAAAGGUGAAGCAUGCGUGCUGGACCUUUGGAAAGUUUGUCGGUCCAGGCUUUCUGGUUUCGGUUGCGUAUAUUGAUCCCGGGAAUUACUCAACAGACAUUGCGGCUGGCGCAUCUUACCGAUACAAACUCCUCUUCAUUGUCCUUCUCAGCAAUCUCUUUGCCAUCUUGCUCCAGUCACUGGCCAUUCAACUCGGCACUGUCACCGGCCUGGACCUCGCGUCGGCGUGUCGCCUCUUUUUCCCGCGCUGGCUCAACUACCUUCUCUACGCUCUGGCCGAGGUAGCCAUUAUUGCAACCGACAUGGCCGAGGUCAUUGGCACUGCCAUUGCUCUAAAUCUUCUAAUUCCCCAACUGCCCCUGGUGGCGGGGUGCGCGCUGUCUAUAUUGGAUGUCAUGGUCAUUUUAUUCUUUUAUCGUCCCCACGGGGCCAUGAAGGGACUCAGGCUGUUUGAGGUCUUUGUGUGCUUGCUGGUCUCGGGCGUUGUGGUGUGCUUUUGCAUCCAGCUGAGUUUGAUCAAGGGCGACGUCGGGCAAGUCUUUAGGGGAUACUUGCCGAGCAGCGAGCUUGUUGAAUCGCAAGCGCUUUACCAAGCUUGUGGCAUCCUCGGCGCCACCGUCAUGCCUCACAGUCUAUAUCUUGGCUCGGGCAUCGUUCAGCCGCGGCUUCGAGAGUACGAUUCCAAACACGGCCUCUUACCAAGCGAGCCCGGAUCAUCGGCCUCUUCCGCCGCAAACGAUGGCGACCACGACAAGGCCAAGUACAUCCCUUCCCAGGCCUCCAUCAACCACUGUCUCAAAUACUCAAUCACCGAGGUUGCCCUUGCCCUUUUCACGUUUGCUCUAUUUGUCAACUCGGCCAUCCUGAUCGUGGCCGGCUCCUCGUUGUAUAACAACCCCGACGCCCAGGAAGCUGAUAUUUUUGGAAUCCACGACCUCAUGGCCAAGAGCAUCUCCCCUGCUGUCGGCACCAUUUUUGCCCUAGCCCUGCUUCUGUCUGGCAUCUCGGCAGGCAUUGUGUGUACUAUUGCUGGACAAAUGGUGAGCGAAGGCGCCAUCAACUGGCAUCUCAAGCCCUGGCUACGCCGCCUCCUCACCCGCUCCAUCAGUAUCGCGCCAUCCAUCGUCAUUGCUGGAGCUGUGGGUAGGUCGGGGUUGAACACGGCCCUGAACGCCUCCCAAGUGAUUCUCAGCUCUGUGCUGCCCUUUGUCACGCUGCCACUCAUUUACUUGACGAGCCGGUCAAGAUACAUGACUGUCUUGCCCGGGAGGGCGCGCUAUUAUGUCGAGUCAGACGAUGAAGGCAGGUCAGUGUCGGCGAGUGCCAGCAGCAGUAUGAACAUGUCGAAUCCUUGGUACGUGGUGGUUCUGGCGGGAAUAGUGUGGUUGAUCAUUACAGUUAUGAAUGUUGCCAAUCUGGUUUUGCUGGGUUUAGGCAAGGCGUCCUAG